GGCUGGUCCCAGCAGUCCUAGCGGGCAUGACUCAGCUCCUCUUUGUGACGCCUCUCGCUGUCGCCUGAAGGAGGUUGGUGCGGUGAGGGAGAACAGCUUAGCUUUUUGUGAGGAGAAGGAGGGAGUGAGGGACGAAGGAGGCCAGGACUGGGCAAGGACUGAAGUAGAACUGAGCGGGAGGCAAAGGGCAGACCAGUCGGUGGCCACAGCCCGCACCUGUGUCUGGUGGCGGCGUAAGCGGCGGCAAGGCUCCGGGAGGCGGUUACUUGACUAGGCCACAGCGGCCAUGGCUGUGGAGUUUGGGGACUAUGCCAGCGGGUUCCGCCACAGUGAGGUGAUCGGGUUCAUCAACAAUGAAGUCCUCAUGAACGGUGGCAGCCCAGACUUCUACGUGGCCUUCCGCUCGCGACCCUGGAAUGAGGUAGAGGAUCGGCUUCGGGUCGUGGUGGCUGACCCGCAGGUGCCGUUUGCCCUUAAACGGGCCUGUGCCUGGAGCGCGCUGGCUUUGGGUGUGCGAGCGGGUGUGAGGCAGCAGGAGCAGCAGACGCUCCGGGUCCGUUGGUUGCAGGAGCAGGUGGAGGAGCGCGAGUUGGCUUCCUGGGCUAUGGCGUCUGAGCUACAGCGGUUGCGCGACGAGCGUGAGGAUGCGGCCACGCAGCUGUACUUCACACGGGCCGCUCUACAGCAGGCAGUGGGCGAUGUUGAAGUGCUGCGAAGUAGGCUGCUGCAGGUCGAGAAAUCCACCAAGGACGAUCAGCAGCCUCAGGAGGUUGUAGCUGGUCCAGGAGCCAAAGAGCACGGGGCUGCCAUGUGGCUCCCAGGUGCAGGGGAGCAGAGAGAGAUGGUGGCUACAGGGACGCAGGGAAUGCCACAUUCGGAGACCCAGAUAUCAGCCCCAGCAGCUAUGUUUUACGUGCCAGGGUCCCCGAAUCCCUGGGCCCAGGCCAUGCAGCCCUCACUGCCAGUGCCAAUGUCACAUCCAUUACCAUUACAUGCACCUUUCCCAAUGGGAUUACCAUACUCAACACCUCUACCACUCCCAGUAGUAAUGGACUCAGAAGCAGCAGCCGGAGCAGCAGCAGCAACAGCAGCAGUUGCACCCCAGAUGCCUCCUGCAGGGAUCUGUCCACCAGGCCUAUGGGCUGCAACCAUGUCCCAGGAGGAGAUGGCCCCUCUGUGGGACCAGAGGUGCCAUGGCCAGAAUGAAUAUCCUGAGAGCCUCCAAGGGGGAUAUCGGCUGGAGGAUGUCAGAAGCCAAAGCCUAGGGGAAGGUCCUGAGUGUCCCCAAGGUGUGACUCCCCUGGGGCACAGCAUCAGCUACAGCCAGAAGGAAGAUCCAGUGAUGGUCCAGGUGAUGACACCCGUGGACAAGGGCAUCAUCUACAGCCAGAAGGAAGAUCCAGUAAUGCUCCAGGCAAUGGCACCCCUGGACAAGGGCAUCAUCUACAGCAAGAAGGAAGAUCCAGUGAUGGUCCAGGUGAUGACCCCCCUGGACAAGGGCAUCAUCUACAGCAAAAAGGAAGAUUCAGUGAUGCUCCAGGCAAUGGCCCCCCUGGACAAAGGCAUCAGCUAUAGUCAGAAGGAAGAUCCAGUGAUGGUCCAGGUGAUGACCCCCCUGGACAAGGGCAUCAUCUACAGCAAAAAGGAAGAUCCAGUGGUGCUCCAGGCAAUGGCCCCCUUGGACAAGGGCAUCAUCUACAGCAAAAAGGAAGAUCCAGUGAUGGUCCAAGUGAUGACCCCCCUGGACAAGGGCAUCAGCUACAGUCAGAAAGAAGAUCCAGUGAUGGUCCAGGCGAUGGCCCCCCUGCACAAGGGCAUCAUCUACAGUCAGAAAGAAGAUCCAGUGAUGCUCCAGGCGAUGGUCCCCCUGGAUAAGGGCAUCAUCUACAGCAAGAAGGAAGAUCCAGUGAUGCUCCAGGCGAUGGUCCCCUUGGACAAGGGCAUCAUCUACAGCAAGAAAGAAGAUCCAGUGAUGUUCCAGGUGAUGAGCCCCCUGGACAAGGGCAUCAUCUACAGCAAGAAGGAAGAUCCAGUGAUGCUCCAGGUGCUGACCCCCCUGGACAAAGGCAUCAGCUAUAGCCAGAAGGAAGAUCCAGUGACUCUGCAGGUGAUGAACCCCCUGGACAAGGGCAUCAGCUACAGCAAGAAAGAAGAUCCAGUGAUGCUCCAGGCGAUGGCUCCCCUGGACAAGGGCAUCAGCUACAGGCAGAAGGAAGAUCCAGUGAUGCUGCAGGUGAUGACCCCCCUGGACAAGGGUAUCAGCCACUGCCAGAAGGAAGAUCCAGUGAUACUCCAGGGAAUUGCAACCCUGGGCAACGGCAGCAGCCAGAGCAAGAAGGAAAGUUCAGUGAUGAUCAAAGAGAAGAUCCCACGAGGUAACAACAGCAGCCACAGCCAGAAGGAAGAUCAAGUGAUGCUCCAGGGGAUUGGCCCCCUGGAAUUUAGGAGGAGCCACAGCCAGAGGAAAGGUCCAGAUAAGCUCCAGGAAACCCCCCUGGGGGAUAGCAAGAGCCAUGGUGUGAAAAAAAGCCCAAAGAAACAGCAGCCUCAGGGGCAGAAGGCCAAGCAACCAAAAGGGAAAAAAGCCUCAGAAUCCCAGAGCCUAGAAAAGCCUGCCUCACGCCCAGUGAAUUGGGUCUGCCCAUGGUGUAAAGCCAUGAAUUAUUCAUGGCGCACAGCCUGCUAUAAAUGCAAGAAAGCCUUUAUGCCAGUUGAGAGUGGAGACGUUAACCCGGGACAAAGUCACUGAUUUCAUGAAGUUUCAUAGGUGAAGUCCUGUUCUUGUGUCUUAGCCCCACCGAACUCACUUGUUGCUGAAGAAGCUGAACCUGUCCCAUUAGAAGAUCUCUCAAGACCAAAAAGAAAUAACACCUUGAUUCUGAAGGACCCACACCUCAGUGAGACCUCCACUGGCUGAAACCAAUAGGAGGGAGUGGAAGUCAGAGAAGAAGAGAUGCCUUGGCACUCAUUAGGGGGAAAGAGGAGAGUAAAAUGGCUUUGUUAAAUUAAAUAUUUUUACUGGGACAAGGAAUUAACGUGGAAGAGUUUGGGGGAUUGUAGCGUUAAAUUCCAUACAUGAUAGAAAAUUUGAUGAAUUUCAUUUAGUUCAUUAAACACAUACUGUGUAGUAUGCAUUAGAAGCUAGAGUUAUAUGUUAUCUAGUGCACACAUAAUCCUUUUUGCUGAGUUUGGUUAGAAGACAGGAGAGAGCAUAAUUUUGGAUACAGAUUAGAUCAGGGGUGUCUUCUUUGUCUUGCAUAUAGUGUGCCCUUGGGUAAAACCAAUUAAGUAACAUCCAGAUCCAUUUUUGCAGCUUUGGGGCAAAAGUUUGAAUGACACUUUUAUGAAAGGUCUUGUGUAGUCAAAAUACUCAUGUCAUUGGUCUCAGGUGAGAAAAACUAGCAGUGGCAAAUUCUGUAAAGCAGUCUCACAAAAGUGCAGGCAGGGCUUUUCCAAUGCUCUGCUGAUUUCCUCCCUUGAUAGGGACAGCUAUUUUCCUGCUUGCCCACUAGCCUGCCUGAAAGACUUCUGGGGUGCUUUGAAUAAAUACAGUGUUUAGGGAAGUGUUGGUGACACUUUCUAAUCCUGAGCCUUGGUUUGCCUUUAGCCAAGGUCUCUAGUCAAUGAUGCUCCAGGGAAUGGGCCCCCAGGGAUUUGUGAGGAGCUAGUGGACUAAGAAGAAAAUGGAUUCUAAGGACAGACAUUGGCCCACCCAGCUAUAGAUAGUUCUUUUUUUGGGUGGACUAAUUAGGUUAAAAAUAGAACUGAACUAGACUAAGCACUCUUGAGGAUGCCCCAGAACCCUUCUCUGCCUCUUUUUGUAUUCUCUUCAGGCUUUGCUCCCCCAGGGCAGCUUCUGCAAGGCAAGGAAGGAACCAGGAUAGAGCCCAAGGGUGGGAUGUUAGAUCUGCCUCUAGUUUGAGUUAAACUUAUCCUCAAUUCCCCCAUAAGUUCCCACCCAGCUCACCAAGAUCAACCUUUGUGAGGGGUUUUCUGAUCCUAACUCAUAAUAAAGAGUGUGCACUUGCC